GAGUGUCUUUCCAUCCAUGUCGGUCAGGCCGGGGUCCAAAUGGGAAACGGAUGCUGGGAGCUGUAUUGCCUGGAACACAACAUCCUGCCGGACGGGACCAUCCCCAUCAGCAAUGGGCCGAGCCAAGCCACUGCUUCGUUUGAGACCUUUUUUUGCAAAACGGGGGCUGGGAAACAUGUUCCCCGAGCUGUGUUUAUAGAUCUGGAACCAACAGUCAUAGACGAAAUCCGUUGUGGGACCUACCGCUCUCUGUUCCACCCGGAGCAGCUGAUCAGCGGCAAAGAAGACGCCGCCAACAAUUAUGCCCGAGGCCACUACACUGUCGGAAAAGAAAUCAUCGACACCGUGCUGGAUAGGAUUCGCAAAAUGGCUGAGCAAUGUAGUGGCCUCCAAGGUUUUCUGCUCUUCCAUAGCUUCGGAGGAGGCACGGGUUCAGGAUUCACCUCUCUCCUGAUGGAACGGCUUUCGAUGAGUUUUGGGAAGAAAGCUAAGCUAGAGUUCUCCGUGUAUCCUGCGCCGCGGAUUUCGACCGCAGUGGUGGAACCGUACAACUCCAUCCUGACCACCCACACCACCCUGGAGCACUCGGAUUGCUCCUUCAUGGUGGACAACGAAGCCAUCUACGACAUCUGCAACCGGAACCUCAACGUUGAAUAUCCAACCUACCUCAACCUCAACCGCUUAAUCGGGCAGAUUGUGUCCUCCAUCACCGCUUCCUUGAGGUUCGACGGAGCUUUGAAUGUGGACCUCACCGAAUUCCAGACCAACCUGGUGCCAUACCCUCGAAUCCACUUCCCCUUGACCACUUACGCCCCCAUUAUCUCAGCCGAAAAGGCCUACCACGAGCAGCUCUCCGUGCCAGACAUCACCAACGCCUGCUUUGAGUUUUCCAACCAGAUGGUCAAGUGUGACCCUCGCCGGGGCAAAUACAUGGCCUGUUGCCUCUUGUACCGGGGAGACGUGGUGCCGAAGGACGUCAACGCGGCCAUCGCAGCCAUCAAGGCUAGGAGAACCAUCCAGUUUGUCGACUGGUGCCCGACCGGCUUCAAGGUGGGCAUCAACUAUCAGCCACCCACCGUGGUGCCCAGCGGAGACCUGGCCAAGGUGCAGCGGGCGGUCUGCAUGCUCAGCAACACCACGGCAAUUGCCGAGGCCUGGGCCCGUCUGGACCACAAGUUUGACCUCAUGUACGCCAAGCGGGCCUUCGUCCACUGGUACAUGGGAGAAGGCAUGGAGGAAGGCGAGUUUGCCGAAGCUCGGGAAGACCUGGCGGCUCUGGAGAAGGAUUACGAAGAAGUUGGAGAAGAUACGGGCAGGUACGGAUCUGAUGCCGAAGAUGACCAAGAAUACUGA